AGCCCAUGGAAGACCCAAACUUCAAGAAAUUUGUGAAUAUCUUCAAGCAAAUUUAGAUUAACAUACCCUUGGCGGAGGCACUUGAACAGAUGCCUACAUAUGCUAAAUUCUUAAGGGAGUUGCUGAAAAAGAAGCGGAAAUGGGCUGAUCUAGAGAAGGUAACCCUUACUUCUGAAUGUAGUGCUGUGAUUCAGAAUAAAUUACCAGAAAAGAGGGAUGAUCCGGGCAGCUUUACCAUUCCAUGUGUCAUUGGAGGUACAGAGUUCGAUAAAUCACUUUCUGAUCUUGGAGCAGGAAUUAAUUUGAUGCCAUACUCAGUCUACAAGAAAUUGGGAUUGGGAGAUGUUCUUAAGCCUACUCGGAUCACUCUCCAAUUGGCUGAUCGAUCAGUGAAAAUUCCAAAAGGAGUGGUGGAGAAUGUAUUGGUGAAGGUGGGGAAGUUUAUUCUCCCUACAGAUUUUGUAAUUCUGGAGAUGGAAGAUGAUCGGGGAGUGCCUCUAAUUCUCGGCAGACCUUUUCUAGCAACCGGUGAUGCACUCAUCAAUGUUGGGAGAGGCAAGUUGACAUUCCGAGUAGGUAAGGAGGAGGAAAUUUUUAAUGUCUUUCAAGUUGACCAUAAUCAUGAUGAAUUUGAAAGUGGAGCUCGAGAAAGGAAAAAUCCCUCUUCCUUUGAUAGUGGACCAUCCGAAGAACUAUCACCUAUCCUAUCUGCUCAUAUUCUGAAGUCAAAGCAAGGGCAGAAAUCCUUGCCAGGUCACCUCAAGUAUAGAUAUUUGGGUAAGGAUUUCAAUCUUCCUGUUAUUAUUCCUUCUUCACUGACAUUGAAACAGGAAGAGUACUUGCUUGAGGCGCUGCAAUACCACCUACACCUCACUAAAGGGCCUAACAUGCCAGCUAAGAAGGUCAUACCCAAUUUUCGCACACCUGGCCCUGCUGAGGUGACUCAUAUGUUGGAUGGAGGUUAUGCGUUCUAUCAUUGCUCGGGAGGGUAUUCUGGAUACCUUUCCAUACCCAUUGGUUGAAAGCUCCAUGAACGUCAGGCUGAGGACGUUAAACAAGCGCUUCUUGGGAGGCAACCCAAGGUAAGUUUUCUUUUCUUUAUUUUUCUUUUUCGUUGUGUCAAACCCGUGCAUGUUUAGAUUAGGAGUUGAACAUUAGGGACAAUGUUCCAUCCUGAGUGUGGGGUGGUGAGUCUUAGUGUUGUUUGUCCCUGUUGCAUGUGGUAAAAAAAAAUCCAAAAAAAAAAAUCUGUCAUUUAGCUAUGCACAGCCAAACUGCAUGCAGUUUGCCUGUGUAAAAAGCAGGCUGCCUGUGCAAAGCUAAUGGCUAAAAAACACCUAAAAAUCAGAAAAAUUAAAAACAAAACCUUGUACUCUUGUGGUAACAUGAUGUAAAUGACCGUGAUGCCUUGAAAAUGAGUUUGUGCUUGAAUGAAAUCAUCAAAAUCACCCCACUAGUGUUGAAUUGCAUGGUUCUUCACAAUGAGCUUAAAUGUUUUGACUAACUUGAUAUGCUUUGAAUGAGCAGACUCUUUUAGCAACAUUCUCUUUUGUGAGGAUAGUGUAAUGACUUUUGGUGAAGUAGUUAGGUGGAGAACAUUGACCAUUCGACAUGUUUGGAUAUCGUGCUUACUUGCAUUUGUUGUGAGCUUUUGAUUUGGCAACGAGUCUCUCUAUUUUGAAUGUUUUAUGAUGGGAUAAACUGUAUCUUUAUAAAAGAAAACACUACAUGACAAGUAAAAUAUAAGAAAGUUGCCAUAACAAUUAAAGUGUGGGUAAAAAUGCCAAAAUCGUGUGAGGCAAUCACUCAUUGCACAUGGGGAUUAGGAAAGAUUCAAUUGAGAAUCGGUUCGCGACCGUACGAUGUUGCUUAUCAAGUACGAUCCCCAGUUGAGUGAAGUGCCAUUAGAGGAUGUGCAAUGACCCUCCACACGGACCGAGGAAAAGGAGUUGAAAGAAGCCCUUAUGCGAGUGCUAAGAAGCAGAAAUUGCUCUUGCUCGGUCCCCGACAGUAAGAAACAAAUCCCACUUGUACUAAAUACGACCACUCGGCAAGCAAAAACAGAAAGAGAGAAACCCUCUCCUUGUCAUAAAAGGUAGUGAUGUGCUUAAAGUUAAAAUCAUGCUUACGAAAGGCUUCCCCCAUUAGUUUUUGAGACUCAUGCUUAAUUAAUUGCUUAUGAUUAGUGUGAGUAAGCCAGACUGUCCUCACGAGAUAUGCACCUCACUGAUGUGGUUAGAUUCUCCUAAUAAUUGUUGCACCAUAAGUUGUUAACCACCCACUACCGACGAUCGAAAUUGAGUGUUGCUAUUUGAGUUUUUGAUGGAUUUGAGUUAGUCAAUGGUUAAGGGUUGCAAAGAACUUGAGUGUGGGGUGAGAGGUAUGACCAUUAAAGCACAACUUGUCCGUUGAGAAAGAAACUACUGAUUACAACAAGAGUACAAGGAAAUUUGGUGUUUUGCUUUGAGUGUUGAGUCUGUAAUGUGUCAUUGUUUUGGAUGAUUAUGUGUUUGUGUUGUUUGUGUCGUUGCUUAGGGACAAGCAACAAUUGAGUGUGGGGUUGUGAUAUUCGGCUUUAAUAUAUCGGAUUCUUGGACUUUAUGUGAUUAUCUGUGGUAUGUUAUAGCCAAUUGGUACUAUUUUAGGGCUCGCUAACCCGGAAAUGGUUGAAAAACCAUUACUGCCUAGUGCCAUGAGUUUGAUAUGUUACAGGUGGAGAAAGCACGAAAAAUGGAGUGCAGCUGAAUGGAGAAUUGGAUUUGGAGGUUGGGCCAAUUUCUUGUGGGCCACGAAAAUUGGCCAAGGAAACUUAAUUGGACGGAAAAGAGAGAGGCCAGAGGUUUUGGUGGAGGGACAAAAAAAACAUACUAGGAAGGGAAUUCUUUGGACAAGGGUUUUAAGGGGAGGAAAAGUGCUGGGGCGGAACUUUAUUGUUGAGGGCGAGAGAAAAUUAAAGGAAGAGCAGCGCGCAGCUUGAGGCGCAGCGACGAGAAGAAAGAAAGCGAAGGCAGCAGGGGCGAUUGAUCGAGCAGCGAUCAAUUUUCCAGGCGGCUUGAGCCGAAUUCAACGAGAGCGAUUAGUUGGUUGGAUUUUCUGAACCGAACUAGUUGUGUAUUGUUGAUUUAGAACAUGAUGAACAAAACCCUAUCGAUUUAUCUUAAUUUCGUCAUGAACUAAACCCCAAUUUCUGGGGGAAACACCAUAAGAUGUAGCUAUUUCUUGAUUUGAUGGAUUGAUUUAUGAUUCUUUUCUUCCAAUCUCUAUUGCAUGAAAUUUCUUAAUGCUUUGUGUUGACUGGCCACCAAUACAUCGAUUUGUAGUUAAUUAGGUUAUUAGCGACAGUGAAACCCUAAUAACUGAACCUAUUUCAUGUGACAUAGUAACUUAUCGAAGCGACAGUGGAUUAAAUAAGGUGCUAUGCGGUCUUAAAUAGGAUAUUGAUCUUCAGGCUAAAUAAUUAAGUCAUUGAGCUACGACAGUAGGAUUUGAUUUAAUUGUUUAGUACGUAGUAAUUCCCGACAGGGAUAGCUAGCACAUUCGUGAUAUCCUGGCUGUAGAGGUAUGGAUUAAAUUGAUUGGAAUAUGUGAAUUAAUCUGGAUAGGAUAGGUAGUGAAUCCCGGUGUUUCUCCCAGAGCUUUCUCCCAUUGAAUUAAACCCGACCAAUUUAAUUUGCUUGUUUUGUUUAAUUACUUUGCUAUUAGAUCAUAGUUUCAUCUCAUUAAACAUUUUUACAUAUAGUUUGCUCAAUAAAAUUGCUAGAACUUA